AUGGCGGGAAAAGGCUUCCGCGUAAAGGUGCGACUGGAAUUGCACGCCGUAACCUGUCCUGGGGUAUGGUUGUGCCCUAACGGCAAAGUGGCCCUCCGAAUAACUAGUCUCGGUUCCACCCUAGAAUCUCACAGAGUAUCACCGAUUUUACCACUAUUAUUUCACAACGAGUUUAAGUUUAAGAAAACUUUCACACGGCUGGCUGCUUUGACAGAAUUGCAACGGAAAUUGGAGCAGGAGUUUCUCUACGCGGAACUUAUACAAUGGCUCGGUCCGUGCAACCGGACCAUCGUAUUGGCCACCUUCGAAACGAAUUUGGCGGACGUGCUGUUCCCGGUGCUUCCCUACAAACAUUCGUUGGCCGGAAUAACCGUAGACCUGUUGAUGGAUCCGACGAAACGCUUUCCCGGUAUCAUAGCGCCCAAAAUCGAAAUCUCGACGAGAACCGUGAUAGAAGAAGUACUGGGUAUUUGCGACGGCCAUACGAAGAAAACGUACGACGUCGAUGAGAAAAAGAACGAUUCCAUGCAGCCGUGUGCUCACAGAAAGCGACCCACGAAAGGUAUCAUCAGACAGAGAAGAGUCUGCCAUAGCCGAGCAAAACCACGCGUUCAGAGUUCUCGACCCUCGAAAUACCGAUGCGAGUCGAGCGAACAGCCUCGAAUCGGCCAGUAUCAUCGUGCAACACGAGAACAGCCGAAAUGUGUACGUGAUCAUCGCGUCAAGUCGGAAAACGAUUGUACCACUUCCGCUAUGUGUAAAAACACAGGCAUUUUCGACAACUGUCCGAUCUGUUCAAGAUACAAGUGUUAUUUCUUCUGCGACUGCGAUCGCGUCCUAUCAAGAACUGCCGAAAGCGAACGCAGCUCGAACGAUUCCGUGUCCUCGGAACCUUACGACUGUUACGGCCACGAUCGCGGCUAUAACGAGUCGAACGAUGCUCCAACGCUCGCUAUUUCAGAAUACGAUACCUUCGCCGCGCAAGAUCAUCGUGACGCGCAACAAGGCUUCUACAAAAACUUGGAAAGAUUUUACAAACAAAUGUACAAACAAGCGAAACUUCGAGCCCGCGAAACCAACGACAACGACCAACACUGA